AUGGGGCACAGUUGUCCCUCAGUCAUGCUUCUUGCAACGCUGUUGCCGCUGCUCUCGUUGCUGCUACUUGCCACUUGGCAAGUCCAUUCUGAUAACUUGAAGUUUGUGCAGAGUAUUUUACGAAGGGUCGCAGAUGAGGAUCGUUGGACAAAUACGCCGAUAUUCAUGAGUCGUCCUCUGCAGCUGGAGGAAGUGAAUCAUUUAAUCAAAUGGCUGCAUUCGAAUUUAAGUGUGACCAGCUACAUUUUCGAUGCCACGGGUAGUCUGCCGGAUACGUAUAAUCCGCUGAGGAAUCACAUCAAGAACGACGUGCUCAGUUUGCUCUUCUGCCACAGCAGCGACGAGAUCAUCUUCUUGCACAUGGACGAGCAUUUAAGGAAACUCCGAGGUGGUCGCCUGAUCGUCUAUCUGUCCACCUGGAGGCAUGAGUCAGCACUGCCUCAACUCUUUCACAAAUUAUGGAAGCUUCAAUUUGUUAAUGCGCUGGUGCUGCACAAGAAACGUGUCUACGUCUACACGCCGUAUCCUACAGUGCGUUAUUUCCAGCUGAAUCUGGAGGAGAAGCAAUUGCUGUUUCCCGCUGCUCCGCGGGACUUAAAGGGCUACGUGGUGUCCACUCCGGCGGAGAACGACUUGCCGCGAGUGUUUUUCGUACGAGAUCCGAAGACUGGAGCACAUCUCAUUCGGGGAUUCGGCUAUCGCAUCUUUGCCGAGUUCCUGCGGCGUCACAAUGCCCAACUGGUUGUGAGCAAUGCUGGCCAGGAUCGGGCCACCUUCACCAGCGUUGACACAAGUCGCAUUAAUCAGAUGAUUGGAGAUGAUCGCCUGGAAAUCUCAAUGCAUCCGUAUGUGGGCAUCGAUCGGGAAUUGGGAAUACUCAGCUAUCCACUGACCAUUGCCCAAAACUGUCUCAUUGUCCCAGUUCGCAAUGAGAUCCCUCGCUACAUGUACCUGCUGCGUCCAUUCCAGUGGAGCAGUUGGCUGCUUCUGCUCGGUGGAGUCUUUUACAUUAGUUUCACGCUCUACUGGCUCAAUCCUGGUCUGAAUGCGAGUCCUGGCCUCAGUUUGCUGGAAGCUCUCUGUCAGCUCUUGUUCCUCAGUUCGCCGUCUCGUAUUUAUGGACCUUCAGUUAGAUAUUUCCUGGUGGCACUACAGUUAUCUGUACUGGGAUUCAUUGUGACCAACGUGUACUCCAAUCAGCUGAGCAGCUCCCUCACUGCCACGCUGGUGGGUGAACAGGUGGACACCUUUGAGCAACUCAUUGCACAGCGUCAACACAUCUUGACCAAACACCAUGAGAUCCCAAUGCUGCUGCAACAGGUGCCGCCGCAUCUGGAGCAACAGGUGUCCAAUCUGGUGGUUGGAGCCGAAGCUGGUGAGCAGGUGAGAGCCUUGCUGAGCUUCAACACUAGCUACUCCUAUCCCUUUACCGUGGAACGUUGGGAGUUCUUUGCCCUGCAACAACAAUAUGCCCAAAAGCCCAUCUAUCGCUACUCCUCGGUCUGCCUGGGAGCACCUGUCAUUGGGUAUCCCAUGCGCAAGGAUUCCCAUCUGGAGAAUCUCCUGAAGCAGUUCAUCAUGUGGGUACAGUCCACGGGUCUCUUCCAAUACUGGGUCGUCUCCGACUUCAACGAUGCCCUCCGAGCUGGAUAUGUUCGUCUCAUUGACAACUCGGACAAUUUUAAGGCCUUGAAUCUGGACACCUUACGCCUGGCCUGGUACGUUCUCCUCUGUGGUUGGCUUCUGGCCGCAUUGGUUUUUAUUUGCGAACACCGCACCACCUGCCAUUGA